GGGGGGAUGGAGGCGGUGCGCGCCGGGGCGCGGCUGCCGGUGCUGGUGGAGCAGGUGCUGGGCGACGCGCUGCUCGUCACCCUCCGCUGCGGCGCCCGCAGCUUCACCGGGCUCCUGCUCGACUGCAACAAAAAGUCCGGCCUCUUCUGCCUCCCUCCGCCUUCUCCGCCCGGCCGAGAGGACCCGCCGCCGACGUCCGGCCCGCCCUGGGACCCGCCGCCGACGUCCGGCCCGCCCUGGGACCCGCCGCCGACGUCCGGCCCGCCCUGGGACCCGCCGCCGACGCCGCCCCCUCCUCCGCCGCCUCUGCCGGCGGGCCGGGCGCCCCCCUACCCGCCGUACUUCGAGGGCGCCCCGUACCCGCCGCCCCUGUGGCUACGCCACACGUACCGGCAGUGGGUGCCCCAGCCGCCCCCACGGGGGCUGAAGCGGAGCCGCCGCCGCCGACCGUCGUCCCGGCCGCGCCCGCCGGGCCGCCUGACCCCCAGCACCAUCCGCCUGCGCCCCCGCCGCGUCCUCUGCCAGAACUGCCAGACCUCCCUGGGCCCCGACCAGUCCGCCCACGCCCCCCGCCGCCGGCCCGGGCCCGCCUCGCCCUCACCCCCGGCCCGCCGCCACGGCCACCACCGCGACGGGCCCGCGGAGCCGGGCGGCGGGGCCCGCCGGGGCCGGCCGGAGCGGGGGGCGGCCAGGGGCAGGGCCGGCCGGGGCCCGGGGCGCGGCGAGGCGGUGCCCCGCAGCCCCGUCAUCAAGAUCUCUUACAGCACCCCACAGGGCACGGGGGAGGUGGUGGAGAUCCCCUCCCGCAUCCACGGGUCGCUCCGGCCCUUCUGCCCGCCGCGGGUUCCCCCGGAACCCCCCGCCCCGCUCGCCUCCGUCCCCAAGCUGAAGCUGACGCGGCCCGGGCUCCCGCCCGCCGUCCCUCCCCCGCCCAAGAUCCGCCUGAAGCCGCAGCGGCCGGACGGCGGGGACAGCGCCGUGUCCGUCUACAAGGCGGAGCUGGUCGGCGAGCCCGGCCUCCCGCCCGGAGAGCCCCUCCUCGGCCCCCCGCCCCCGCCGGCCUUCUUCCCCGGCCGGGCCUCGGGGCCGGGCUCGGCCCGGGCGUCCUCGGGGAGCGAGGAGGACGGCGUCGACGAGGAGGAGGAGGACGAGGAGGAGGGGGACGGUGGCGGCGCCCGCGGCGCCCGCCGCUUCCGGGGCUUCGGCCGCGGGCGGCCCGGCCGGGACGACCUGGCCUUCCUGGUCAAUUACCACAAGAGGAGGGCCGAUUCCUCCGGGCUGCCGGUGUGGAGCAACGACAGCCUGGACGAGUCCAAGUCGUCCAGCUCGGAGGCGGCGUCGCCCGCCCCCUGCGACUUCCUGCCCGGCGACGACCUCUCGGUGUCGUCGUCGUCGUCCUCCCGGGACGAGCGCAAGACGGUGCCCCCGCUGACGGUCCGGCUGCACACGCAGAGCGUCCCCCGCUGCGUGACGGAGGACGGGAGGACCGUCUCGGUCGGGGACGUCGUGUGGGGGAAGAUCCACGGCUUCCCGUGGUGGCCCGCCCGGAUUCUCGACAUCAACCUCGGCCAGAAGGCGGACGGGGAUCCCUCGUGGCAAGAAGCCAAAGUCUCGUGGUUCGGCUCGCCCACCACGUCCUUCCUCUCGGUCUCGAAACUGUCCCCCUUCUCGGAGUUUUUCAAACUGCGGUUCAACCGGAAGAAGAAGGGGCUCUAUCGGAAGGCCAUCGCCGAGGCCGCCAAGGCGGCCGACCACCUCAGCCCGGAGAUCCGAGACCUCCUGACCCAGUUCGAGACGUAGCCUGAGACCCGGGGGCCGGGUAGCAGAAGAUAAGAGCACAGCUGCUCUCCUAAAAGUUGACGACUUGGGCAGACAUCCCGACGGGGUCCCGGGCGAUCUCGGGCCGGCCCUCUCCAGACCCGGGGACGCCGAUGACCUUCGCACCUGCGACCGACGCCCGCACCCGAAGCGAGACCAUUGCCCCGGAAGCCUGGAAACGGCCCCCCCUCAGGAGACCAGCAACGACCUGAACUCUGAAUGUAUUUAUUACUUAGCAGAAGAAAUGUUUGCUACCUUCGUUUUUUGGGUUUUUUUUGUUUGAGUUUCUUUUCUUGAUUUUCCCGUCACAGAAAAUUCAGUUUAGAAAACGACUGCUGCUGCUGCUGCUUAAUUAUGGACCGUGCCCACCCGUAGUCCAGGACGAGAGGCCUCGUGACACCCCGUUCCGGGAGAGGGCUGUGGGAGACGGACGCUCGGGAGAACGCAAUCAGCGGAGAUUCCGCUGACACCGGCGUUGGGGGCGAGGGCUUCCGUCUUCCCGAGCGCCAUCGCGUCGUUUUUCUCGUACCCGCGUGCCAUCCCUGGGGCUGAGAAGACGGGCGGGGUGGCGUUUAUCCCCGUCCGUAAGGAGGAGGGACCCGGGGCCCGGAGAGGUCGAGUGACCGGCCCGCGGUCACCCAGCCGGGGAGGGGCUGGCUCUCUGCCGGGCGUGGCCCAAAAGUCAGGGAUCGGGCAGCCGAUCACAACCUGCUGGGGCUCCACCAGGGAAUUAGGGCCGAGCGGGAGGUGAUCCGGCCGGAAUCCCGGACUUCCCCGCCCUUUCUGCGCACACGGAAAAGCCACGCGGCUAACGCGCCGGGGGCGAGAUUCCGCCGGAUCCUUUCACUGGAAGACCCGUGACACCGACCAAAUCAAGGAGGGAGUUUCUUUUUCCACCGAUGGAGAAAAGUUCCAAAUUUCGAAACCACUUGCCCCGAUGCUGGUUAAGGGUUCCUUUCUAUCCUUUUCUUUUCCCCCCCUUAAUGUCACUUUAAAGACCACAGAUAUGUGCUUGGAGCCAGAUUACUCUUCCGUCGGUUUUAAAGUAAGAAAAAUGGAAAAAAAAAAAUAGGAAUAUGGUAAAGUUAUUAAAUGUACAGCUCCGGUAGUUUAAAUUUGUAUAUUUGCUUUAGUCAUGUGGACGGAACUUGAAAGAUUAUCCUGAGGCUGCAGUUCAACGGUACCGAACUUGCAGAUAUUAAAAUGUUAGUUUUGAAAUGA